AUGAAGUUGAAUAUAUCUUCUGAUGACAUAAAUUUGUUGAUUUAUCGAUAUUUGAUAGAGAAUGGGUAUUGUCACACUGCCUUUUCAUUUAACAAGGAGGCCAACAUUAGUGGUAACCCAUACUACGUGAAUCAUGCUGAUAAGAUUCCUCCUAAUGCAUUGGUAUCAUUUAUGCAGAAGGCUAUGAUUUACAUUUACCUGGAGUAUCACACUGAUGACAUAACUGGAGACCAGAUUCUGUGUGACGAGACGUUUUCAUUCUUUCGCAAACACAACUGUUUCAGGAAGCUGGGUCAGUCCCACGGUUUACCUCUAUCGCAUUCCAUGAACAAUAGUCGUGAUCGUACCGAUAAUGUUGAGAGUCACGUAGAUAAGAAUAGUACCACAAACGAGGUUUCUUCCGACAGUCUCAACUUCGAUUUAUCUAAGAGUGGCUUUGUUCGUGAGGACGUAUUGGAGACCAACAGUAGUUUAUUUCAACUCAAUCACCCUGUUUACGUGGGUCCUCCACAAAGGCGUUUGUCCGACAAAUGGCAAUUGUAUGGUUACCAUAAACUCUUCGAAUACUUGGAUCCUAAUCUCUCGACAGUUUGUCAUUUCAAUCCACUAUAUGCUGGUUAUAUUUUAAAGAAGACUGAGAAUGGUCCCUCUAGUCUUUACAAGCUGAACGAGGCUGGCAAGUCCUCCAUUUGUGAGAUACUACUUCCUCAUGCAAAACUGGCUUCAUCUGAGUCUGAUCCUGGAGUGACUACAUCUUCUAGAUGGAGGCAUGAUGGUUUGGUGGUGUUCAGUGGUCAUUCUGAUGGUAACCUUAACCUGUGGUCAUUGGAGGGUCACUUGCUCUCUAGUGUGAAAGUGAUGGAUUCUCCUGUAACAUCUGUAGGUUUUUCUGGAACUAAGGCAUAUUGGAGCGAGGUUCAGCCUGAAUCAGAAUCUCCAUACUACGUUUCCGCUGGUUGCAAGACUGGUGAUGUGUUUGUGUAUAGAGUUGACCACAAUAAUUGCCUCCUAGUAAAUCACUUCAAACAGUCUACAUGUGUUACUGACUUGGAGUGGCAGAACAAUAAUCUACUUUCAUCGAUGACCGCAGAUGGGACCCUUACCAACUACAAUGUGGAGACAGGUGAGUCUUCACAGCAGUUCGUCCAGUCAAAGAAUGGUGUUCCAUUCAUGGAGUGGGAUUACUAUGGAAGGUUCCUGGCGAUUGUGGACGAUUCAGACGCAUUGAAGGUGUACAAACCCAGAGAAAAUCAUGUUAAUGGAGACCUAUCCGAACUUAAGGGACACAACGGACAACUCAUAUAUGCUUCUUGGUACUCAGGCACAGUAGAAAAGUCAUCAUCAAGAAUAUGCACAAUAGCAAUGGAUAAACAGAUGAUAGUAUGGGAUGUGACUUCCGGUUCAUCACUCAUGUCUCUCGCACUCGACCAAGUCCCAACCACCGUCUCAGUCUGUCCAAACGACACCCUAGUCGCAAUUAGCUCAUAUGGAAACAGUGUAAAGAUGUAUGCUCUACCAAACCUCACACUCUCCUGCUCAUUCUAUGACAAAACUGUACCCACUAGUAUCAGCUGGUCAUCUGAUAGACAACAUCUCGUUUACAAUGUUUUCAAUCUCCAGAGGUCCCUUGUAGUACCACUUAACACCCUAUCAUCAUUUCAAUCUGACUAA